GCUGAAAUAACCCAAGAGAGACCAGCUGUGAUGCUAACAUCUGCUGCUGUUCCUAUUGAUUCCAGGCCGUGCAUUGACGUAGCCAGCCCAGAGUCCUGCCUUAAGUUUAGAGUUUAAGAAGCCUUGCCAAGCGCACGGAAAGUGAUAUUCAAAGAUGAUAUAAGAGAACAAAUCUAGAUUUAUGUGUGUUGGUGUGUGUUACUGAGUGGUUUUCGUCCCUUCCAGACACGUGGGUUGAGUACACAGUACCCCCAAGGAAGACGACCCGUGUAGUCUGUCAUGGCUCGGAUUUUCAGAAGAAGCCGAGGGCUCGUGCUCAAACUGAUGUUCGUGGCAGUGGCGGUAAACAUUGUAGUAGCCGUUAUUAACAUAGAGAGUUUAGGCAAUCUACUCUGGCGCAGUGAGGGGGAGACCAAAUUGGUACCUCGACUACAGGUGAAAGACAACAGCAACGCUAGCAAACUUGGUGAAGAGGUUGAUGAUAUAUUUAAAAUGCCUGAAUUAAAUAAAGAGUCAGAGGUGAGUGUGAAGGAUCAUUUACCCGGCGAGCAUGUGGAGAAAAAAGUAGGACCAAUUGUUUUAGAAGAGAAACAGGUGGAGGCUAUUGCAGAAGACCAAGGAGAUCUUGUGGUAGAACCAGCGGGGAAGAAAGACGGAGAUGAAGUCGACGAAGGUAUUCGUGGGGACGAAAUUCAUGAAGUAGACGAUAAGGGAGGCGAAAAGGAUGGAGGAGGCGAGGAGAAACAACCUCAUGGAGACGUGGAAGUUGAGGGUGAGGAGGAAGAUAAUGACGAUAAUAAAGCCCUAAAGAAAAAUGUACCUGAUAAAGGAGAGGAGCAAAAUGAAGGGGCGGAGCAACAGGAAGGGGCGGAACAGCAUGAAGGGGUGGAGCAACAGGCCAACGAUGGUGAUCUCAAGAAAGAGGCGGAGGCUGCCGGAGGAAAUGGGGAGCAGCCAAAUGAGGAAACCCGGGAAGGAGUGGUGCAGCCAGGUGUGAUACCAGGGGCUGAGGUUCCGGUCCAAGCGUACGUCCCCCCAGGAGCUGACCUGGACAUUGUUGUGAGGGACCCAAUCAAUGGUCCAGGUGA